AUGGUCGAUACAGGAUCAGCAAGAUCUAUUAUUCAUAUCAACACCUUAUACAAAUUAAAAUAUCAACCAUAUAUUAAAUAUCGAAAGAACAUGCAUCGAACUGCAAAUAAUAGUGAAUUACGUACAAUUGGAUUAGUUAAGUUAAAAAUUAAUUUGAAAAAUAUUUCAACAUUUAUUUUAGCUGAAGUUGCUAUUGAUUUAUGUACAGGAUUAGUUUUAGGAAAUGAUUGGAUUACUCAAAAUGGUAUUGAUAUAAUUACAACGAAAAAAUGCAUUAGUAAACGUUUAGGAUCAUAUGUUGCUACUGUUCCAUUUUCAACUUAUAAUCAAGAAUCAUAUCCGGUUUCUCCUAUUUACCCAAUUCGUAUUCUACCAGAACAACAAAUUAUUAUACCUGUACGUGUUAAAAUAAAAAAUGCUGAUACUGUUAUAUUUACUCCAUCAAAAGCUAUUAUUGAAAAAAAAGGAAUAUUUAUACCACAUUCAUUAUUGAAAAUUACAGAUGGUGUAACACGUAUUACAAUGAUAAAUGCAAAUGAUUCACCUCAAUAUUUAAAUACAAAUAUGAUUAUUGGUACAAUUUCUUUUCCUUCAUUAACAUCUAUAUCAUUACCAUUGUUACCAACACAACAAGUUAAAACAUAUGUAGAACCUGAUUUUAAAUGUCGAAUAUGUUAUGAAAAAUACAAAUCAAAGAAACAGUUAUUUGAACAUUUACAUCAAACUGGUCAUUAUUCUGAACGUGAAGCAAAUGGACCACUAAAACAACUUCCACCUGCUGUACUUGAAAAUAUAAAAAUUUUAGUUGAACAUAUCACAGAUACACAAAAAAGAAAACAGCUUCAAUCAUUACUCAUUAAAUAUGGUCAACUUUUUGAUACAUCUAAAGCAACAACAAUUAAUUCAACUGUUAAACAUACAAUUGAAAUAAAAAAUACUCGACCAAUUGUUCAACGUCCAUAUCGUAAAACAUCAACACAAGAAAAAGUUAUUGCUGAAAUGUGUGAACAAUUUUAUCGUGACCACAUUAUCAGACCAUCAAAUUCACCAUGGUCAUCACCAGUGGUGUUACAAAAGAAAAAGGACGGAACGUGGAGAUUCUGCAUUGAUUAUAGAAGGUUGAAUGAAGUAACAGAAAAAGAUAAUUUUCCAUUACCACGAAUACAAGAAAUAUUUGAUGCACUCGGUGGUUCAAACUAUUUUUCUAAACUUGAUUUUCAAGGUGGUUAUCAUCAGAUUCCAAUUGACGAAUCAGACAAACCCAAAACUGCAUUUGUUACACGUGAUAAAUUUUGGGAAUAUAACGUUAUGCCUCAAGGUAUAAAAAAUGGCCCUCCAACAUUUCAAAGAAUUAUUAAUAAAUUACUUGGACGAUUACAAUGGUAUUCUGCAUUAUCUUACAUUGAUGAUAUUAUAAUUUAUUCAAAAUCAAUGGAAGAACAUCUACAUCACCUCGAACAAGUUUUAUCAAUAUUACAUCAUGCAAACUUUCGACUGAACCCGGCCAAAUGUGAAUUUAUGCAACAACAAAUUAAAUUUUUAGGUCAUACAAUACAUGCACAAGGUAUUACACCAUGUCCAGAGAAAGUACGUGCAAUUAAUGAUAUACCGGUACCAAAUAGUAUUAAAUCAGCAACAUCUUUCAUUAAAAUGGCAGAAUAUUACAGAAAUCACAUACCUAAUUUCUCCACAUUAGCACGACCAUUAUUUGAUUUAACAAAGAAACAUGCAAAAUUUAUAUGGGGUGAUGAACAACAGAAUUCAUAUAACAAAAUUAAGCAAUUGUUAACAACAAAACCAUUGCUUCAGUUUCCUGAUUCAGAUCUACCGUUUGUCAUUCAGGUAGAUGCAUCUAAUUAUGGUAUUGGUGCAGUAUUAAUGCAAAAUUUUGGUACAGGUGAGCAACCAGUUGCAUAUAUGUCCCAAAAAUUAAAUAAACAACAACAAAAUUGGAAUGCAACCGAGAAAGAAUGUUUUGCUGUUGUAUCAUCAAUACGUAAAUGGAAUCAUUAUGUAGCUGGUCGAGAAUUUAUUGUUCGAACAGAUCAUCAUGCAUUGUGUUGGUUGAAUCGGAAAUACAACAGUAACCCGAAACUGAACCGAUGGAGAAUGGCACUACAAGACUAUACAUUUAAAAUUGAACAUGUACAAGGUAAUAAAAAUUGUGUUGCCGAUUGUCUUUCUCGUUAUCCAGUUAAUCCACCAUCUGAUGAUGAAAUCGAACAUUGUUCCAUUUCAACUCAAACAGAAACACAAUCAUCAACUGUGGGUGCAGUUAUAACAUCUUCUACGAUUCAUCAACAGCAUUCAUCACAAACAAAUACAACUACAACAACUCAACCUGAUCGACAUUCAAAUCUUAUUAAACCAAUCAAUCAAAUUCAUGUUUUUACAAAUGAACAAUUAAAAUAUUAUCAACAACAAGACACACACAUUACGAAAAUUUUAGAAAAUAUUGAUAAAAGGCCAUAUAAAAAUGAAUAUUGCAUUAACAAUGAUAUAUUAUGUCGUAAUGUUCGUAGAAUUAAUAGAAUUAUAGCCGUACCGGUAGUGCCACGAAAUAAAAUUAAAGAUGUAUUACUAGCUUACCACAAUUCAUCCAUGAAUGGUGCACAUUUAGGAAAAGAUCGAACAUAUUAUAAAAUUCGUGAUCGUUACUAUUGGCCAAAAAUGUAUAAUGAUAUUGCACAACACGUUAAGUCAUGUUCCAACUGUUCGAUUAAUAAGUAUUCAAGAAGAAAACCAAAUGGUCAUUUAAAUCAAGUUAAUCCACCUGAAGGUGUAUGGGAAAAUUUAGCCAUGGAUUUCAUGGGUCCAAUAACACCAUCAUCAUCAAGGGGAAAUAAAUAUAUAUUAGUUAUUACUGAUAUAUUAUCCAAAUAUGUUAUUGCAAAAGCCACACGUGAUAAUUCAGCUUUAACUGCAUCAAAAGUAUUAGUAGAAGAAGUAAUACUUAAAUAUGGAACACCAAAACAAAUAUUAACUGAUAACGGUACACACUUCACCGCUCAAUUAUUUAAUGAUAUUACGAAAUUAUGUGGUAUGUGUCAUAUCUUCACAACACCAUACAAUCCUCAAUCAAAUGGUGUUUGUGAACGACUUAAUGCAUCAAUCUGUGAUAGUUUAUCAUCAAUAUGUAAUAAAAAAAGAACUGAUUGGGAUGAACAAUUAUCAAAAAUUAUAUUUGCAUAUAAUACAACUCGUCAUGUUAGUACAAAAUUAACCCCAUUCGAAAUGAUGUUUGGACGACUAUGCAAAUUACCUUUUGAUUUACCAAAACAAACAACAACAAGUGUCGAGCCUCAUCAAUAUGUUAAACAAUUACAAGAAUAUUUAGAAUUAGCAAAACAUGUGGCCCGUACAAAUAUUGAACGAAGUCAGGAAAAAUCAAAACGAAAUUAUGAUACUAAUCGUACAAAUAAUAUUUAUUUAAUUGGAGAUUUUGUUUAUAUUAAACGAUUAGGAUUAAUUCAUAAAUUAGCACCAAAAUAUGCCGGUCCAUAUCAAAUAAUUCAACAGCUGAACGAUUCUAUAUAUCGAGUACAAAAUACUAAUGAUUUAAAUGAAAUAAUUAACGUACACAUUAAUCGUAUACGCCAAUGUUAUCAAUAA